CUUAGCAGCCGUCCCGCUCAGCGAUGGCUCAAUCCGGGUUACUCGGAUCUUGACCCCUUUUGAUCUUUGUCUCCGAUGCCAUGUCGUUGCCAGAAAGCUCUUUGAAUGAUCGGCUUCGGGAGAUUCUUCAGCAACUGAUUGCGGAGCUGGAUCGGCAAUCCACGGCGCUGAAAAGUUUGGAAACGGACUGGCCGGAGUCGUCCACGCCGGUGCAGCUUGAGCUGUGUGAACACGACGUCGCGACCACUGCGGCGGCGGGUUCGGCCGCGGACGACAGGCCCAGCAGCAAACCCGAGAGCAAGCCGAAGAUGUUGCAUUUUGACUCCGGGCAAACUCUCGAAAUCCGCGAGGUCGAAGGAGAGCGGCUAACGCCGGCGGACAGCUUCCAGCAGCUACAGUGCUCUUCCACAUGGACCGAGGCGAACCGCGUGAACGUCUAUGAGGCAGGUCAAGUGGCCAUGAACAUCGACCAGCAGAGGCGCCUCACACUGAUAGCCAUGCGUGAAGAGAAGACGAGGCAUUUCCAAUGGAAGAAACCUUGGUACGUGAUCAACCCAGAGAGCAGCAAGUAUGCCACCUACUGGCAGUUUCUCACUUUCGCAGCGAUGGUCUUCGUAGCAUUCGUGACUCCGAUCCAGGUGGGCCUUUUUCCAAUCCGCCUGGAUAGUUUGCUGAUCCUGAGCCUUUGUGUCGAUGGGAUUUUUCUAGCGGAUAUGGCACUGCAAUUCUUCACCAUGUAUCCCAAACGAAGCUCCCGGGGGAUUAUUUGGGAGGACCGCCUGACACGGAUCACCAGACACUACCUGAAGACUUGGUUCUUCCUGGACUUCACCACUUUGGUGCCCUUUGACUUAAUCAGCUUGGCCAGCGGCGCAGAUAGCUUGAAGGAAUUCAAAGGCAUCAAAGUGGUCCGUGUCUUGCGGCUUUUGAAACUGAUGCGAAUCUUCCGAACCUCCAAACUGAUUCACAAACUGGAAGUUGCCCUGUCGAUACCUUAUCAGCAGAUGGCGCUCAUCCGAUUUCUUCUGAUUUUAAUUCUUGUGUGUCACUGGAUGGCUUGCCUAUGGGCCAUGACCUUGAAUUUGGCCGACAGUUAUUAUCCCAAGUGGAUCGACGGCAUUGCUGAAAUCGACAGAACCUUUGGCAUCAACACCUACGAGUCCGAGAUCAGGAUUUACGCUGCGGCAUUUUAUUUUUGCAGUUACACCAUGACGUCGGUGGGCUACGGCGACAUCGGGCCACAGAACAUCUUCGAACGGAUCACCUGCACAGUCAUCGUGUUGGUGGCGGGACUUUGCUGGGCCUACAUUCUGGGCGAAGUUGGGGCCAUCGUGACCGACAUGAACGCCGAGAAGCAAAGCUUCCGCAAGAUGAUGAAUGGAUUGAACAAGAUGAUGCAGGAGCAGGGUUUACCACAUGAACUCAGAAGGCGGUUGAGGAGUUUCUUCUUAUCCAACAAACAUCAAGCCCAGUUUGCUAGAGAUCAGAAGCUGCUUCGGGGCAUGAGCCCUCAACUGCAGGCUGAGGUAUCCAUCACGUUGAACUGGCAGUGGCUGGUGAAAGUGCCCUUCUUCCGCGAGUUCAUCAAGAUGAUGGAUAUCAAGGAGAUGAGUGGAAUCAAUACCGAUCCCUAUCGCGCUUGCAUCGCAGAUGUGGCCCACCACAUGGACGCGAGCGCCUAUGCCCAGCAGGAAAUGUUUGGAGAAUCGCAGGUGCUUUACAUCCUGUCCAAGGGUAUUGCAACAUUGAAUAGCCGCGUGGCCUUGGUGGGCUCCGUUUGGGGUGAAGACUUCGUUUUGGCAGACCGCGACUUGAUCCGGCGCACGUCGGCCUUCGCCCUGACGUACCUAGAAGUCCUGUGCUUGAGCCGGGACAAGUUUUUCGAGGUGGUGGGUCGGCGAGAAGCUACCUGCCCUCAGCUGAAGACGAUCGUGAGAAGAUAUUGCGUUCGCAUGGCGGCGCACCGCGGCAUUCUUGCUCAGGCACUGAAGCUGAAACGCCAACGGACUCCCCAGAGAUUGGGGAAGUCGGGUAGCCAAGAGAGCAAGUUGGAGUCCCUGGACGUGAAGUCGACCUCCUCGGUGCCCACGCCCGAAUCGGAGCGGCGGGUGAUGCCACCGGUGCCAGGGACGCUGCCCGAAGAGCUGUCGCCCUUGCGGGUCGAGCAAAGGUCGCCCAGGCAAGACUGAGCCACGCAUGUAUUCUAUACGGGCGGUGGGUCGACCAUUGGAAUAG